AUGUCAUCCUGGAGCCGCCUCAUUCGAUUCGUGGAUGACAAUGGCACCGAAACCUUUGGAGAGCCAUGCAUAGAAAAUGAUGAACAACUCACCAAUCACCUGGCCAAAAACGACCUCUGGGCAAUCGAGCUCAAAGGCUCCUCGCCCGUAGGUCCCUUUACACGUGGUGACAAGAUCCACGUGCGCGCUUUACGCAACAUUCUCAGACCCAGUGACGUUCCUAUCGUACGGUGCAUUGGCCUCAACUAUCUGAAGCACAUUCAAGAAGGCGGGCGGAAACCUCCCCCCUAUCCAUCUAUUUUCCUAAAGCCUUCCACCACCGUUGCCGGCUUCAAUGAAGAUGUUCCGAUUCCAACCAUUGCGCAGGACGGUACGCUCGACUAUGAAGGCGAAUUGGCUAUUGUGAUCGGCAAAACCGGAAAGAAUAUUCCUAAAAGCGCGGCGCUAGACUACAUAGCCGGCUAUUGUGUUUCGAAUGACGUGUCCGCCCGCGGCUGGCAGCGCGAUCCCGCCAAGGCCGGCGUCGUGCCGCAAUGGUGCUUCAGCAAAGGAUUUGACAAAUUCGCGCCGUUGGGCCCGUUGCUCGUUGCGCCAAGCGUGGUGGGCAACGCGUCGGAUCUCCAUUUGCGAACCGUCGUCAAUGGCGAGGAGCGGCAGAGCACAAGUACGGGCGACUUGCUGUUUGGCGUGGAGCAUCUCGUCAGCUUCUGCAGCCAGGGCACGAGUCUCGAGGCCGGCACUGUGAUUCUCACGGGAACACCGUCUGGCGUGGCCAUGGGGAUGAAGGAGCCCAGGUACUUGGAGGACGGUGACGUUGUGGAGGUUAGUAUAACGGGUUUGGGCAGGGUGAGCAACAAGAUGGUUUUUGAGAGGGGGAAUUGA